AUGGAUUUUACAACGUCACUAGAUUUCGGUAGUAGUAUCCUUGCUAAUAUCGAGAGAGCCGAGAAGAAAUUCGCGUCAGCUGGCAAAACUGCCACCGGUACUAAACGGAAAGAAGUCGGUAGCGAAGUCAUCGAUGAGUCUCCAACGAACAAAUCAACAAAAACUGGGAAAAGUUCUAAGGAAAACUCGAAGGAUUCGUUAACACAAUCUAGAUAUAGACGUAGAGCAUUGAGGAAGAAUAAGUCGGAUUCAGUUUUACAAAGCAAACAGGAACCAGCCGUGAAAAAUGGAAACACGCAGAAGGAGAAUUUCUCGGAUUUCUUUAAUACUCCCAUGGAAUUUGGAGUUUUUUCAGUUGAGAAAAAAGUAAAUGAUGCGGUGAACGCUAAUUUAGCAGAACCUGAUAAAAGUAGCAACCUUAAUCGCCAAUCUCCUGAGGCAGAACAGAAGGAACUGAAUAACCUGGACGACAUGUUCGCUGAAAGCAUGGACUUCAGCGAGCAGAUUCGCUUCUCAUUGAAGGACAGUCCUCCUAAAAAGGAAAGCGUCAUAAACAUAGAAGACUCGUCUUUCAGUUUUCGUGAUCUAGACUGCUCUGAAGAUAUGGUCCUUGAAAAAGCAUUAUGCAAUAGUGACCUGAAAGAAUUAGGGCUCGAAUUUUGUUCAGAAUCUCCUACUGUUGAACGCUCCACCAAAGUUGCUAUGGAUCCCCUUGCAAAUGGGGAGAACUUGCAUGUUAAAGAGCUGAGCUUUAUGCUAGCUAACCAGGAUGUGGCAAAUUUAAUUGUUGAUAUGUCUUCGGAAAUGAUACUAGAAGAAGAUGUGAAACGCGCUCCCACAAGAAAUAGAAAUACAACUGCAGCCGGAAUUAACCGCAUUUUGUCGCAGAAUCUAACAAUAGAAACUGAGGAAAUAAUCAAUAUCGAGGAAACUAGCUUUAUUGCUCCAGUUAAACAAUCCGCAGAGAAGGAUGCAACAGCAAAGCAAGAGGAUUCGCUCAUGCCUUCUAAAAAGGAAAUACUUUCCGUUCUCAAGUCUGAAGAUGUUAGUCUGAAACCAUCGCAGUUCCCAGUAAUGCAGGCUUCUCUUGCAAAGAUAGAUUCCCCAAAAGAUUUAAAUUUAAGCAAAUGCAGCGGACCAGUAUUAAACUGGUCCUUGUCAACUGAUCCCGAGGAGACACCGAAAAAAGACCGACUACAAGCAGAAAAUAAAAAGGAAUCGAACCCACCCAACACCCACACAACUGCGUUGAAGGAUAUCGCAAACUGGAAUUUACCACCGAGUAUAAUUAAGGAAUAUCAUAGUAAGGGCAUUCGGCAAAUGUUCGACUGGCAAGUGGAGUGUCUAAGUAACCCAAAGGUAUUAUUCGAUCAUUCAAAUCUUGUUUACAGUGCCCCUACAUCAGCGGGAAAAACUCUAGUCAGUGAAAUAUUAACACUAAAAACAGUUAUAGAGAGGAAGAAAAAAGCCUUGAUUAUUCUACCCUUCAUAUCAGUAGUCAGAGAGAAAAUGUGUUAUCUCCAGGAUCUUCUCACUUCAUCAGGCUAUCGGGUGGAUGGCUUCUUCGGUGGUUAUACCCCGCCUGGAGGUUUUGAUAAUAUCAACAUUGCAAUUUGCACAAUUGAAAAAGCAAACUCAAUUAUCAACAAACUUUUAGAACAGAAUAAAUUAGAUUGCAUUGGAAUGAUAGUAGUGGACGAAAUUCACUUAAUCUCCGAUCCUGGCCGUGGUUACAUUCUUGAGUUACUUCUCGCCAAAGUGACCUACAUGUGUCGAAAGAACUCACUGAAAAUUCAAGUUGUUGCCAUGUCUGCUACUUUAUCGAAUAUAAUUUUGUUACAAAAAUGGUUGCAAGCAGAGUUCUAUGUGACCAAUUUUCGACCGGUUGAAUUACAAGAGAUGAUCAAAGUAGGAACUAAGAUUUAUAACAACAAAAUGGAUUUGAUUCGAGAACUUAAGCCUGAGGAAUCGGCUAGAUUUAGCAAAGAUCAAGAUCACAUUGCACAGCUUUGUAUUGAAACGAUUUUAAUUGAAUGUUCAGUUAUUGUUUUUUGUCCCUCGAAAGAUUGGUGUGAAACAUUAUGCAUGCAUUUAGCUGGCUCAAUUUUUAAUUCAAUAAAGUUCGGAGACUCGAUAAGCGAAAAACUAGGGGCUCAAGUGAAAAAAUCAGAAUUGGAAGAAGUUAAAAUGCAACUUAAGAAUUGCCCAGCUGGCCUGGAUUCUGUGUUAUCAAAAACAGUACCCUAUGGAUGUGCAUUUCAUCAUGCAGGCUUGACUUCAGAAGAACGUGACAUUAUUGAAUCGAAUUUCAAAAGUGGUGCAUUGAAAAUUUUAGCCGCAACAAGUACUCUUAGUUCGGGUGUAAAUUUACCUGCCCGAAGAGUUAUAAUUCGUUCCCCAUUAUUUGCCGGCAAAAAAAUGAAUCCUCUCACAUAUAAACAAAUGAUUGGUCGAGCUGGACGCACGGGCAAGGAUACGUUGGGAGAAUCCAUUCUCAUUUGUACUGAGGCAAAUUGCAAAGCAGGAAAGGAAUUAGUGUGUUCGGAGCUAUUGCCGAUACAAUCAUGUUUGAGUCUUGAGAGCAGCAUGCCACUGAAAAGAGCUCUACUAGAAGUACUUUCAUCAGGAAUAGCAAACACUAAAGAUGAUGUUCAUAAUUUUCUUGAAUGUACACUUUUGCACAUUCAAAACUCACAUGACUCGAAAUUAGAUAAGGAGAAAGAUCCAUUAAAUGAUUCGCUGCAAUUCCUGAUUGAAUAUGAAUUCAUCCGACUGCAAAUGAACGAAGAAACAAAGGAAAUGAAUUAUGUUCCGACGAGGCUAGGAAUGGCGUGCCUAUCAUCAUCACUGCCACCAAAUGAUGGGUUGCUUUUAUUUUCGGAGUUACAAAAGUCACGACGAUGCUUUGUAUUAGAAACGGAGUUACAUGCAGUAUAUUUGGUUACUCCAUAUUCAGUAUGUUAUCAACUCCAAGAAAUUGAUUGGCUUCUUUAUUUGGACUUGCAUGAGAGGCUUUCAUCUUCAAUGAAACGUGUUGCUGAGUUGGUCGGUGUAAAGGAAUCAUUUCUUGUUAAGGCAAUGAGAGGACAUACAAAGCUCGAUUAUAAGACAUUGCAAAUUCAUAAAAGAUUCUACACAGCACUAGCCUUACAGGAGCUGGUGAACGAAGUACCCCUCAACGCUGUUUCUGAAAAAUAUAAGUGUUCCCGGGGUUUACUGCAAAGCUUGCAGCAGAUGUCGUCAACAUUUGCUGGAAUUGUUACAUCUUUUUGUAAUGCAUUAAACUGGACAAUGUUAGCUUUGAUUGUGAGUGAAUUCAAGGAGCGACUGUUUUUCGGUGUCCAUCGGGACUUAAUCGAUUUGAUGCGAAUACCCGAUUUAAAUGCACAAAAGGCUCGUGCUCUAUUCAAUGCCGGUAUUACUAGCUUAGUAGAUCUAGCGAAUGCAGAUUGUUUUACCGUGGAGAAGAUUUUAUUCAAUAGUGUGAGCUUUGAUUCAGAGAAAAAACACGAUGAAGAAAAUGAAUAUGAUGCUAACAAACGGAAAGUUUUGAGAUGCUUAUAUAUAACUGGAAAAAUAGGUUUAACUAUAAAAGAUAUUGCCAAAUUAUUAAUAUCAAAUGCGCGGCAGUACCUUCAGCAUGAGAUAGGUGUGGAAGGUGUCAAAUGGAGUAACAACGACAAAACUGAAGGAAUCAUUGAUUCAUCGGAUGGAGAAAUACGAAAUUCAUCCACUCUUGAAAAUAAUAAGCAAAUUGUUGCAAGCAAUAGCAAUUGCCAGGAGCUAUCAAAUCAUAAAGCCAAUAAUGAAACUCAUGAAGAACAAGCAGUAAAUGCGGGUUCUUUGAAAAAUGAGGAUGGUUUAACGAUAGCAAGUCACGCAACUAACAAAGAAACAGAAUCUCCUUUUAAUACCAAACCGGCACGUCGUUCUAAACAGCUAUCAAACAUUAAUCUGAGAAGAAGUCCACGGAAUCAUGCAAGUGCUAGUGAAUCUCGUUCUAAAUUAGAAACUGUUCCUAAAGCUGAAGUGGAGGCGUCGAAGAAUGCAAAAAGUACAACGGACUGUAAGACUGAGCCUCGAGUUUCUGAUAUAUUCAAUGAUUCUACGUUAGAUCUCAAUUCGCAAAUAGAAGGAGCACUUGGUAAUGGACAACAUCCAAACAAUCCCGUUGCAAAAUGUGCCAAACCAUCUGAAAAUAAAGCUUCACCAGCUCAAAGUAGUCCCAUCAAUAAAAGCGUUGAGGAGAUAGUUGAAUCACAAACUCCAAAAACACCAAAAUCAUUGCGAGGAAAUUCAACUCGGAUGCUUCGUUCCAGGCUAACACAAAAGAGGCUGAUAAGCAAGGCCAAGAAGCAGAUUGAGGGAGAUAAAAAGAAUAAUUUCAAUGGUAUUGAACCAAAGUCUAAUAAAAGUAGUUCCAUUGAAAUUUCCGAUUGUGCAUCAUCUUCUUUAUUGAACAAUCCACUACACUUGAACUCAUCACACAUCUUAAGCACAAGUAAAACGGAACCAAGCUCGGCCCUUUUCAAUUGCAUUUCCAUUUUAGACAUAUGUGGAAAUUGUGCAUUAUUCAAAAAAGCUAUAGAUGAACUAACUAAUGCGAAACACAUCGGUCUUUCCGUCUCCGUUCAGAAGCUUAGGCAUAAGAAACGGCCCAUGAUCGGUGCGAAUUUAUUGCUAAAUCAAAUUCAAACAAACAAAGAAGAUGAUGAUGCUGAUUUUGUGUUUGAUGAUGCUUUUUAUAUGACCGGCGUUUCAAUGUGUACAGUCGAUAAUGUGGUAUUCUACAUGAAUUUUCAAAAUAAGGAGAAUGAAAAUAAGAUUAAUCGUUUGGAAAGGGUUACCAAGAUUAUUGAGUUACUUCAGAGCGAUAAGCUCACAUUCCGAAUAUUCGAUGCUAAAGAACAAUUGAAGGCGUUACGGAAAUGCUUGCCAGAGUUGAAAACUAUUAAGGCCAGAAUUGAGGAUCCAAAAAUUGCCAGUUGGUUACUUGAACCGGACAAGGAGAUGUCUUUGAAGAAAAUUGUUCAACAAUAUGCACCUGAAUGUUCGGCCCUUAUGUCAUUAUGUGGGACCUGUCACUCGAAUAAUAGUGUGGGGAUGAAUUAUGCAAGCUCGAUAGUGGGCAGAGUAAGAUCUGCAAUUGAAUCAUGUGUCAGCCUACAUGUUCUUGAAGGGCAGCUAGAAAAUCUAGAACGUAUCGCCAAUGGAAAUUUGGAAAAAUUCUACCAUGAACUGGAAAUGCCGGUACAAAUUUCUCUAUGGAAAAUGGAAGUUAUUGGAUUCCCUGUCAACGAAGUGGCCUUAGGGAAUCUAUCAAAGCAUAUUCUUGAAGUGAUGAAGAAAUUGGAAAGAAAAAUGUACGAACUGCAUGGAUCACGUUUCAAUUUAUCGUCCACAUCAGCAGUUGCGCGGGUAUUAGGUUUACACAAGAAACCAAAUGGAAGAGUGUCAACCGCAAAACAAAUCCUGGAGAAAAUCGACUCUCCUAUGUCGAAUUUAAUCUUAAACUACCGAAAGUUAGGAGCAACAUUGAAUAAAACAAUCCAGCCGCUAAUACAAAACGCCAAAAAUGGAAGAAUUCAUGGUAGUAGCAUCACGUUUACUGCAACUGGAAGAAUUUCAAUGCAUGAACCUAACUUACAAUGUGUUGCGAAGGAUUUCACCGUUGAUAUCGAAGGUGGCGAUAGUAUCCCUAUUUCAUGCCGCAGUUCAUUCUCCUCUUCGGAUGGUAUAUCACUGAUAUCCGUUGAUUUUUGUCAAUUGGAAAUGCGCAUCCUCACACAUCUGUCCAAUGACAGUAUCCUUAUGAAAAUUAUGCAGAGUAACGAUGACAUUUUCCGUGGGAUUGCUGCACAAUGGAAUAAAAUUCCUCUGAACGAAGUGUCCGAGCAACUGAGAAACGGGACAAAACAAAUAUGCUACGGAAUUAUCUACGGAAUGGGCAUAAAAUCUCUUGCUGAAAGUUUGAAAUGUGAAAUUGAUGACGCGACAUCUUUGUUGGAACAGUUCCAUAUUGCUUAUCCUGGAAUAAGACAAUACACCAAUAAAGUCGUGAAGUUCGCGAAACAGAACGGAUAUGUAGAAACAAUAACAGGACGAAGAAGAUAUCUUCCCCACAUUACUAGUACAGAUGAAACCCUAAAAGGUCAAGCCGAGCGACAGGCACUAAACACAACUAUUCAAGGAUCAGCAGCUGACAUAGCAAAGAAGGCGAUAAUACGGACUGAGAGAAACUUAGAGAAAUAUCGCUCAAGAAUGGGGCUCGAUGCUGACGAUGUCAAAUUUGUAUUACAUUUACACGACGAACUAUUGUUUGAGGUUCCAGAACAUAAAGUUCAAAAAGUGGCAAAGGUUUUACGAAUAAGUAUGGAAAAUAGUGCUCAAUUAAAUAUUCCACUUCGAGUGAAACUGAAAGCUGGUAAAUCGUGGGGGACAUUACAAGAAAUCUAGUUCAAUUUAAUAUUGUUAUGUGAAUUUUUAGU